UACUUCCGGGCGCCGGCUCGGAAACCAGACUCACUCUGUCACUCGGGAACCAGGACUCCGAGGCCGAGGUAGAAACGAAAGAGAAACUGAGACAGAGAGAAGGGAAAGCAUGAGAGGGAAAUCAGUUUUCCGUCCGUUUCUUGUCCGUGAAGCCUUCAAUUUCCGGUCGAUUUCUUCUACUUCUUCUUCGUUUCCUCUGAACCAAAAUUAUUUAAUUUCAACCCCCAAAACAAAUUCUUCAAUCCCCAGCAAACCCUCUUCAAAUUCCAUCUCGGCAAAAUUUAAUCUAUCCAGUCCCUUCUCGAACUUUUCGAGAACUUUUUGCUCGGUACCCCCACCUCAAUUCAAAGAAGAUUCAUUGCCAGUUCCACCGAAUGUUGUUCCCAUUAAGUCAGAAGAAGAGUUCAACACUGCACUUAGCAAAGCUGAAGGGGAAUCCGUGCCGGCAGUUUUCUAUUUCACUGCUGUGUGGUGCGCUCCUUGCAGAUACAUCUCUCCGGUCAUGGAAGAGUUGGCUCGGAGAAACCCUCACGUGACAACGAAUAAGAUUGAUAUCGAUGAGGAAGCCCUUGCAAGCACAUUGAAAAAGUUAAAUAUUACCGCUGUGCCGACUGUCCAUUUCUUUAUAGAAGGCAAAAAGAAGGAUGAAGUUGUUGGUGCUGACAUUACGCGCAUUGUUCAAACAAUGAACAAACUCUAUAUGAAGAAGAAUGAUUGAUGGUUAGAGAUAAAUGCUAUUCGACGAGCAAAAGAAAAACAUUGGUUUUAAAGUUUUCUUUUGUUAAAUGAUUGUAAGAUUUCCUUUUUGGACGGUAGGCUUCUUUCACCUCCCUCGACAUGCUGUAUGUGCUAUUAUUGGUUGAUUUUGCUUUAAACUUUAAAUUUCCAAAUUCUUCCUUAAGAAGCUUGAAUUUCUAUUCAGUUUGUA